GAAGAAGAAGAAGAAGAAGGAAGAAAGAAGAAGAUGAGGAUACGAGAAGGAUGAAGGAUAAGAAGAAGAAUGAGGAAGAUGAGGAUGAGGAUGAGAAGAAGAAGUAGGAUGAAAAUAAGAAGAAUUCCAGUACAGCAAAAAGAAAAAUUUGAUUCGCGUCGAAUCCGAAUAUUUGCAUACUUCGGGUGCGCGAAUCAGAUUUUUCCCGAUCAGCCGGCAAAAGUGUCCCUGCAGAGAGCUCCGCUAUUUCUGACAGUUCUCUGACAGUUCCUUCACAUGUACAGAGGUUGAAAC